GUUGUCAGUUGGCCUGAUAGUUGCGAUCGGUGCUUUGUGGAAUUAACAACAUGAGCUCCGCGGGAUGUGUCUUUCUACUGAUCUGCCUCGGGAUUUCUUCGUGCGCCGGUAAUGACAGUGAUCCCCUUCUAGUGGAGCUCCCAAUUGGGAAGCUGCGGGGCCGCGAUAACGGAAACUACUACAGCUACGAGUCCAUUCCCUAUGCAGAGCCUCCAACAGGGAAUCUCCGCUUCGAAGCCCCGAAACCGUAUAAUCGCAAAUGGACAGAAACCUUCGAUGCCACCCAGCCACCUGUUCUGUGCCUGCAAACGGCAAUAAACACUGUAGGACAGGAGGACUGUCUCACAGUUAGUAUCUACAAGCCCAAGAACUCCAGUCGUGAGAGUUUUCCCGUGGUAGCGAACAUCCAUGGGGGUGCCUUCAGUCGGGGCGGAGCAGUUCAAAAUGGACACGAGAAUGUUAUGCGAGAAGGCAGCUUCAUUCUUGUCAAGAUAAGCUAUCGCCUGGGAGCUCUGGGCUUCGUCAGCACGGGGGAUAGCCUUUUACCAGGAAACUACGGACUUAAAGACCAGCGCUUGGCCCUUGAAUGGAUCAGGAAAAACAUUGCCAACUUCGGGGGAGAACCGGAGAACAUUGUUCUCCUUGGCCACUCCGCAGGAGGAGCCUCGGUUCAUCUGCAGCUUUUGCAGGAGGACUUUGGUCAGUUAGCCCGAUCUGCCAUUUCCUUAAGUGGCAACGCUCUGGAUCCUUGGGUUAUACAGAAAGGAGCGCGAUAUCGAGCCUUCGAACUGGGUCGCAUGUUGGGCUGUUGGGAGUUGGAUGACUCUGAGGUCCUUAAGAACUGCCUAAAAUCCAGGCCGGCUGAAGAAAUCGUGUCAGCGGUGCGCAGUCUUCUAGUCCUUCCAAAAGUUCCCUUUGCUCCUUUCGGUCCUGUAGUGGAGCCUUCUGAUGUUCCCGAGGUGUUUCUAUCCCAAAACCCUGAAGAGAUAAUUAAAAGUGGAAAGUUUGGAAGCGUUCCUUGGAUAGUAAGCUAUGUGACCGAAGAUGGUGGUUACAAUGCCGCUUCCCUACUGGAGGAAUCCUAUCCAGGAGGACCAACUCUUAUAGAGAAACUCAAUGAUCGGUGGUUCGACUGGGCUCCAUACUUGUUAUUCUACAGGGACUCGGAGAAAACUAUUAAGGAAGUAGAUGACUACUCCAGGAAGCUUAGAAGGGAAUACCUCGAAGAUCGGCGAUUCAUCGUUGAAAGCUAUUGGGACCUGCAGCAAAUGUUCACGGAUGUCCUUUUCAAGAACAGCACUCAGGACUCGUUGGACCUUCAUCGCAAAUACGGCAAAAGUCCUGUUUAUGCGUAUGUCUAUGAUAAUCCUGCUGACUAAGGAGUGGCGCAGGUUCUAACUCAGCGUAGGGAUAUCAAAUUUGGAACUGUCCAUGGCGACGAUUACUUUUUAAUGUUCGAAAGCGCCCUGAGAGAUUCCCGUCUGCGUUCCGAUGAGGAAAAGAUUUCCAAAAGCUUUAUUAAAAUGAUAACGAGCUUUGCUGUUUUCGAUGGAGGCCCUUUAUCCUUUGGGGACUGCACUUUUCAGGAUAAUACUGGCAGUGAAAAGUUUCAACUACUUUCAAUAACUCGGAAAGGUUGUGAAAACAAACCAUUUAUACAAUUUCCCUAAGAGUUUCUGUCAUGAUUAUUCAAAAAUAUUACCUGAACUCAAACCCGUCGAUAUAGCAUUUGUUUGUUUAAGUACUAACAAAAUUUAAUAUGUGCUAAUUUUCGGCAGGGCGUUUACAUGAUUCGAACGCGUUAAAUUAAAUGUUUUAAAUGUGG